AUGGCAUCUCAGUUGAAAAAUAUUACACUUAUUGGCGCCAGCGGAAAUAUUGGCAAGAUAAUUCUCAAGGCCGUUGUUGCAUCGCCUGACGCCAAAGUAACUGUCCUGUCAUGCAGUUCGAGCGGGGCAACCUUUGUUUCUGAUGUCAAACCGGAUUUCUCCGAGGCUGAGCUGGAGUCCGCCUUGAGGGGUCAAGAUGCUGUAACUUCAGCUGUGGCCGCCACUGGGUUUGUUGACCAGAAGAAGUUUAUUGAUGCUUCCAUCCGCGCUGGCGUGAAGAGAUUUAUUCCCUCCGAGUUUUCUUCGAACACCCUUAGCGAUGCUGCCAUACAGUUGGUGCCUCUUUUUGAGCAGAAGAGGGUGGUCCUCGAUUACAUAAAGUCCAAGGAGUCGGAAGGACUCACCUGGAUCGGUAUCGCGACUGCACUUUUACUUGACUGCGAAGCUGUAAAAAAGCUCGGCGCUGGUGACUUCAGCGGCACUUUUACGCUGGUUCGUGGCACAAGCUAUGCCAAUACUCCUGGACUACGUGCCAACUACGCCAAAGAUGAGAAGCUAGCGAAUGGUUUGCUGUGA